AUGAAGAAAUAUACAGAACUGAAGAUUGUGAAUUUGCAGCCAAGAAAAGGAAAAAAGACCAUUUUCGGAAUAACACAAAAUCACAAUAGACAUGGCUAUUGCACGUUGGGAGAAGCUUUUAAUCGCUUAGAUUUUUCAAGUGCAAUUCAGGACAUCAGAAGGUUCAAUUAUGUGGUCAAAUUGUUGCAGUUAAUUGCAAAAUCUCAGCUAACCUCACUGAGUGGUGCAGCACAGAAGAACUACUUUAAUAUUUUGGACAAAAUUGUACGAAAGGUUUUGGAAGACCAGCACAAUCCACGCUUAAUCAAAGAUCUUCUUCAGGAUCUGAGUUCUACUCUCUGUAUACUAAUUAGGGGAGUAGGGAAAUCUGUGUUGGUGGGGAACAUCAAUAUUUGGAUUUGCCGAUUAGAAACUAUCCUUACAUGGCAACAACAGCUAAAAAAUCUUCAGAUGAACAAGCAAGUCAACAAUGGUCUCACGCUCAGCGAUCUCCCUCUGCAUAUGCUGAAUAACAUUUUAUACAGGUUCUCAGAUGGCUGGGACAUUAUUACGCUAGGUCAAGUGACCCCAACACUGUACAUGCUCAGCGAAGACAGGCAGUUGUGGAAAAAACUUUGCCAGUAUCAUUUUGCAGAAAAACAGUUCUGUAGGCAUUUGAUCCUGUCGGAAAAAGGUCACAUUGACUGGAAGCUGAUGUAUUUUGCACUUCAGAAGUGUUAUCCAAUAAAGGAACAAUAUGGGGACACAUUACAUUUUUGUCGACAUUGUAGUAUUCUGUUUUGGAAGGAUACAGGGCAUCCCUGCACAGCCAAUGAUCCAGACACCUGUUUCAUGCCAGUUUCUCCGCAGCACUUCAUUGAUCUCUUCAAAUUUUAAGAGGUGCAAUAGCCUUGUUUUUGUUUUUGGUCAUCUUUGUGAAGAAUCAUGCAGUAUGUAUUAUGCUUUGUGUGCAAUAUCUUUUUAAAUGUACUUCAUAGUAAAAAGGGAUGUCUAGGAGAGAGGGGGGCAAUUGGAGAGGUGUAUUACAAAUGCUAUUUGUGUGCAGAAAUGAACUGAAGAGGGAUAAAUAUCUCCAAAGAAGACACAUUCUGUAGAGAUGUCUACGAAAGGCUCUUUUGAAUCCAAGAAAGAGUACAUUUUUAGUCCUGCCUUUAAGUCCAUUUUGUACUCAUUUAACAUUUCAUUAAGGCUAUUGAGACUUGGGGGGAGAGAGUUGUUGGAAGGGCUAUUCUUGGAGUGACCAAAAGCAAUUUGUCUUAAUCCUUCACUCUUUUUAUGCCACCAUUUUCCAAGUACUUACAUACAGUUUGCACAUUUAUAAAUAUUCAUCUGAUUCCUUUUUGGACUCCUUCAUAAAUAUCAAGUCAAUUACCAAGGUGGCGUUAAUCAUUGUGAGUUUGUGUGUGAAUAAAAUAUAGAGUUGUGAUUAUCUGUUGUUGAACCUGUUAUGAAGGAAACCAACCUCUGUACAUACAUUAUGCAGAAUAUUUAUUUUUCUUAAAAGGUAUUUUAUUAACCACAUCAAACCUGUUUUUAAAGACAUCCUAAAUAGUAUGGGAGGCUGUUCAGUGGUUGCUGAAGAAUGAUGGGUUUUUCCAAUGGUAGCCACAGUCUUUUAUUUUUAUUUAAUUUUUAUUUUAAGUUAGGUGUUAAACUAUUGCAGAAGGACUUUUAGACAUCCUCGAGAAAGGACACAUUACUGAGCUUUAAUGCAGAAAAUGAAUACAGUGUGUUGCUAGGCCUCUAGUACAGUGGUGGUAUUACAUUGUUCUAGUAACGGAGGCUCUGAGUUGGAAAUUCUUUGCACUAAAAGGCAGCUUGUUGAUCUGGAGCACCUUCUGCUGACUAACCCCAUAGUGACAUGAAUUCUGCAAGAAGCUACCUUCUUAUAUCUUGUAAAUUACAGAGGAGGGGAGGGGGCGCUGUCCAGAGUUAAGAAAAAAUAAUUAAGUUGUUCACAAAGUUUUUUGGAGAGAUCAUUUACCAACUGUGUAAUGUAAAGACAAAAUACAAAACAUAUUAUAUAUCACACUGCUUGUUUUCAAUCUAGUUUUGUACACAAUGUAAUAA